AUGGGUCCAGCAACUGCUACCUCUGGCCCAGCUGUUGCUGAACAUCCCCUAGCUCAACACCAAGUUCGACUCCAUCCCAACAACGACUUCUCCUCCUCCCUUUUCGACGACCAAGGUCACUUCCUCGCCAACGAAUUCGCCUGCGAGCUCCAGCGCCAUCUCUCCAUCUUUGGUUGGAAAAGAGCAUUCCGUUUCGGCCAUCAACAGCUCGCGAACCUCCAACAGCUCCAGAAGCUCGGAUUCUACGUCGAUUACCCGGUCGCCUUCAGUCUUCGACUUCACACGCCCCCGGGCUACCUACGCAACCCCACAAUGGUUCAACUUACCGAGGUCGAGGACGAGCACUUCCAGUCCGGCCAGGCCGGCCCCAUCGACGAUGACGCUGAUUACUCCGACACCGACUCCGAGAUCUCUGAGGACAGCGACUACAACCCCCGCGACGAGUCCUUCGCCGAGCGCCUAUACGCCCUCAAGGACAUCGUGCCCCCGACCACCCGCGGCUGGAUCAGCAACAAGGUCGACUUUGGCGUCAGCGCCGUCCAGAACACGUGGUACUACGGCUCCCGCACCGUCUGGGUCGUCUGCGCCACCGCCCUCAUGAUUGGUGUUCCCCUGGCCACCUGCUGGGCCGAGGACCAGCAGAUCGAGGGCAUGGAGCGCGAGUACCGCAUGCGCGAGAUGGGCGGCGACGCGCUCCUGGCCGCUGGCGAGGGCAAGGAGGGCAGCACGGCUGAGCAGGUCGGCAUCGCUCUCGACCGCUCCGAGGCCAAGCCCGCUCUGUAA